AUGCCCGUCAAUGACAUCGCAAGGACAUUUCAAAAAUGGUCGCGCAAAUUUGGGCCGGUCGUGCAUUUCAAGCUAGGAGGCCAGAACUUUAUCGUGCUAGGCACUCGCCGAGCAGCUCAAGACCUCCUCGAGAAGAGAGCUAGCAUAUACAGCUCGCGUCCGCCGUCCAAGUUCUUGGACAACUAUCUACAUAAGGGACUUGCGUCCGCGUUCAUGCCCUACGGUCCACAAUGGAAGCUUCACCGGCGGCUGUCAUCAAACCUACUCAGCGCAAAAGCAUCAAAUGCAUACCAGCACCUGCAAGAUAUAAAAAGUAAGCAGCUGCUUCAUGGGUUUUUAUCAUCUGAUGAUUUUUCGGAGGCCUUCCUUCGGUACACCUCGGAUGUCAUGUUUACCCUCAUCUACGGGAAGGGGAGAGGGAGUGAUGAUGGUGACCACAAAAGGCUCCACCAGAUCAAUGAGAUGGCCGUGUUUGUUCUUCAGAAAGCUUCGUAUGGAAUGCUGCUGCUCGAUCUUUUCCCGUUUCUCGAUUGGCUGCCGAAGUUCCUUCUGACAUGGCGCGAGAAAGCCCAUGAAUUACACGAGAAGACCAAAGAAGUGUAUACGGAAUGUUCUAAUAUUGCUCUUCAGGGCGACAGCUGGAACUGGAGCCACGAGGCUCUACAGAGGAGCGAAGCCAAGGAGCUCCCCUGGGACGACGUGUGCUACUCACUCGGCGAGCUCUACGUAGCCGGCAUCCACACCACAAAGAUGGUCCUGGAAAUCAUGAUCAUGAACUGCAUUCUCAAGCCGGAAGUCAUGAAGAAGGCUCAGGAGGAACUUGACUCGGUCGUCGGCGCAGACAGAUUACCGUCAUUCAGCGACCUUGAGAGCCUGCCGUACAUUCGCGCGCUGGUCUCGGAGCUUCUCCGCUGGCGCCCCAUAUCUCCCAUUGGAGUUCCUCACGCGGUGAUCCAGGACGACGAGUAUAUGGGCUAUUUCAUUCCCUCUGGAUCCACCGUCAUUUCCAAUCAGUUGGGGAUGAACGAGGACGAAACGGUCUUUGACAAGCCCCAGGAUUUCAACCCGGAUCGUUAUCUCGAGAACCCGGAUCUUCCUGUUUCUGCGUUUGGGUUUGGGAGACGUCUGUGCCCAGGGCAUCAUUUGGCACGGAAUAGUUUGCAUCUUGUCACUGCACGCUUGCUCUGGGCGUAUGAUAUCUCCGCCGCCGACGGCAAGUUGGGCGACCAGCUGAAUCCAGCCUCUUUCAAGGCCAACUUCCGCGUUCGAGCUCCUGGAAAGAAAUAUGUCAUCGAAAGCGAGAGCGCGGUAGCUGACCAGGACGAAAAGGCGAUCAUGGAGAAGAUCAAAGACAAAAUCCGGGGAGUAUAG